AUGGACGGGGUUUCCUCGUUGGAGGAGUUAAUGGAGUGCAAUAGCUAUGUUAGGGGGCGCUUUUUGUCAUGUCAAAAUCGUCUUUUCGUUAUUCUCUGGGGGUCUUUUCAAAAGGCAAUUUCUGGCCUUGCGCGGUUAUACAAAGAGAAACUUGAUAAUCGCUGUGACAAUCAAUGUCUUCUUCAAGCUCUCUAUCGCAUCGAGUCAUUCUAUCAGAUGUCCCAAAAUCUUUUAAAGUAUGCCAAAAACUUUGGCAUCACCUUAGGUUAUAAUUGUCGCAGACUUUUGCUUCGUGACGCUCUCUUUUCUUCUUCUUCUAAUGAUCUCUGCGCGUAUGACGUUUAUGCGGCCGUUCUGCAGCCUUUUAUUGUUGGUGGUGUAUUAACACAUGGUCACAAGCGGAAAAGAGUUCAACGUUGUAAACGUUGCUUUAAACGGCGUCGUCGGUUGUCGAUCAAGCGCUGUUGUGUUAUUUCUCCUGAAAAUGAAAGGAAAAUAAACCAGGUUAUGCAACCAUUCCUUAAUCAUUACGACUUAUCCACUUCGGCUCUUGAUGGUCAUGGCAACUGGACCGUAUCCAUCAGUGGUUUCUCAUCCCCAGCGCCUCCAGCUCUUGGUAAUUGGAGGUCUUUCCUUUCCACUGAAGCUGCUGCUUCCGUUGACACAUUGGAAUUAAUAAUGCCUUCUGUGAAUGAGCUGCAGCUGCCUCUCUCUCCGAAUCAGUCCCUAAUACUUUCACGAAGGAAGCGUCGUUUGGGUUUUACGGAUGAUUAUCAUCCUUACAGUCUCAUCGAUUCAAUGUCAAAAUUUUGCUUGCAUUCAAAUUCAAAGAUCCAGUGCCUGGAAUCUGUGAUCGACGCUGACAUCCGCGAGGAUAUCCCAUGA